AUGGAGGAUAAAAUACGAAAGUAUGAUGUAUUUUGUAUAAUGGGUUUAGCUAUAUUAUGUGGUAUAUUUUCUGAAUUUUUAAGUUGGUUAUUUGUAUAUAGAAAUGAGAAAUUUAAAAAAUUAAAUGAAGAAGUAAAGGUUUUAUAUGAAGAAGUACAGAAAGAGAAAGACGAUGGAUUAUUAAGUAAAUUAGAUAAAAAAAAGGAUAAGAAGAAAAAGGCUUCAGCAGAAGAAUUAUAUAUAGAGAAAACUAAAGAAAUGACAACAUUAAAAACAAAAUCAAAUUUUAUUACAGGUUUGAUUUUUAUGUGUGUCAUGCCAGUAUUAUUUAGUUUAUUUGAAGGGUUAACAAUUGCUGUAUUACCAUUUAAACCAAUCUUUCCAUUUACCUUAUUAACACGUACAGGUCUACAAUCAAAAAAUGUAUAUCAUUGCUCAUCAACUUUUAUAUAUACCUUAACACUUAUGUUGACAAGGCAAAAUAUUCAAAAAUAUUUUGGAUAUGCUCCCCCAGCAGGAAUGUUUGGAGAUUAUAAAAUGCCAGAUGAACAAGCUGACGUAUGGAAAUGA